CGCGUCGGUCGAAGUCUCGCUCGCUCCCUCGCGCAGUGGCAGAGAACGCGUUCGUUCGAGGCGUUCGACUUUCGAGCGGCGACGUACGCUAGCGUGUAUGUCUUCAUUAUUGAUGCAAAAGUUCCACGAUGGUAGAUCAUAACCAGAAAUUGUUACAGGAGUUGCAAAAGAAAAGUGGAAAUAAUGUUUGUGCCGAUUGUGGAAAUCUGGACCCAGAUUGGGCGUCCUACAACCUCGGUAUAUUCAUAUGCAUGCGUUGUGCCAGCAUCCACCGUGGCAUGGGCGCCCACAUAAGCAAAGUAAAACACCUCAAGCUUGACCGCUGGGAGGAUUCUCAGGUUCAAAGAAUGAAGGAGGUUGGUAAUAAUGCAGCGAAGAACAAGUACGAGGAGAGAGUCCCACCGUGUUACAGAAGACCGAAUAAGAACGAUCCACAAGUACUGAUAGAGCAAUGGAUCCGUGCAAAGUAUGAACGUGAGGAAUUUUGCCAUCCAGAACGUCAGAGUUACCUCUCAGGUACCAUGGAGGGAUUCCUCAUGAAGAGAGGAAAGGAGGAUAGCCGUUACCAGCUGAGGAAGUUCGUCUUAAGUGAGAAUGAGGACACCCUUAAGUAUCAUCCCGCUACUGACGGCUGCGGCCGUACAACUGGUUGUCUCGAUCGGUUAAUCGAUCGUCUCCGCGUCAAAAACUUUGGUCCUUUGAGAUACCAUGUCAGGGAGAACAAGGAACCUAAGGGUGUACUCAAACUGUCGGAAUUGAACGUGGCGUUUGCUCCUUCAAAGAUCGGUCAUAUGAACUCCAUGCAACUCACGUUCAUGAAGGACGGGUCCACCAGGCACAUCUACGUGUACCACGAGGAUCCGGAGGUUAUUAGCAAUUGGUACACAGCAAUCCGCUGCGCCCAACUGCACCUCCUUCAGGUCGCGUUCCCAUCAAUGCCACAAUCGGACUUAGUACUCCGUCUCCCCAAGGACUUCGCUCGUGAAGGCUGGCUGUGGAAGACUGGCCCUCGACCUUCGGACGCUCACCGUCGACGAUGGUUCACCUUAGAUAAUAGGAAGCUCAUGUAUCACGAUGAGCCUCUUGAUGCUUAUCCCAAAGGAGAGAUCUUUGUUGGUCACGAAUCCAACGGCUACUGCAUCAAAGUAUCGAAUACAGGCAACGGUUGCAAGGACGCGCGGUUUCCCUUCCAGCUGGUUACUCCCGACCGAACGUACUGCCUCGCCGCGACCACUCACGAAGACCGCGACGGUUGGCUCGCUGUCAUACAGCAGACAAUCAAGAGGCCGCUCACACCACAGGAUUCUACCAGCUUUAUGCAGACGGGGCCUAGGCGCACUCUCUGGUCCAAAAAUUUAUCCUCGCCUAGACGCUUAUUACAACCCCAACAAGCAGCAAUGGAGUCAUAUUAUUAGAAGAAUUUUUUAGAUUGAAGCCACGUUGGUCCGCAAGCGCACGGCGUCGAACUCCAUCAGCAUAUUCUCGGGCAGGUAGUCGGUCGGCCGCGCAGCUUGCAACCCCUACCACUUCUGAAGUAAGUCAGAUGUACUACGUCAUCGCCCGCUUUACACGCUGCGUUACGAUACGUCAUACCGACUGCAAAUAAUUAUUAUUAAAUUAUUAUUAAAAAACCUCUAGACUUAUUUUAAUAAUUAGGACUUAUUUUACGACGACUCUUGUAAAUACAAUUAUUUUUGAUUAAAUGAUUUUAAUCGGUUUAUCCAUUAUUUAAUUACGUAAUGCUGCGUUUAAUUUUAUCACUUAGGACUCGAUCGGUGUAAUCUAAAAUGUAUACAAUUAUGUUUUAAUUUAUUGUAUUUAAUGCAAUGAUGGAUUUGAAUCGAUAAUUUAAGGCAUAUUAAUUUAUACAUAAUUAAUAAUUUAUGUUAAUUUUGUAAGGUUAAUAAAGUGUGUUUCUUCAUUUGUGUCAGUUCUUUUAUAUCAUGGCGGUACGCACAAAAUAUCAAUGUAAUAACCGAUAAAAUAGUUUGUAUAACUUGUAGCUUGUAAUAUAAUUAAAUAUAUCAAUACAUUUGUAAUUCACUUUAGUGUAACGUUGAAAAUCACAACAAAGCUCUCUUAAUCAUGGUAAAAGACAUUCUACAGGGACUUUCUAUAUGGUGUAUAAGUGUAAACAAGUACUGGAAUGGAAUACCACAAUAAACUUGAUUCUGAAACUACAAUAAAUCGUCCAUAGCAAAAAAAAAAUAGGAGUCUGUUAACAAAAGAUUAUCAUAAAGCCAGGCAAUAUCAAUGAAGAGAAAAUAAAGUACUUUUCUGUUACAAAUUAUGAAAUUAGCAAAAAAAGACUUAAUACGACACCAGCGCCAUUAUUUUCUGACGGAACUUGGAAGUACUAUCCUUAACAAUAGCAAAAACACAAUAAUUGUUUUCUUGUGGUAUUCCCAUCACAUUGACUUUAUAAGGAACGUAUAUAUGACUUGCAUCGUAUAUCGCAUUUAUUUAUAAGUUUAUAUAUAAUUGGUACUUUAUGUACUUGGUAUAAACGUCGUUAUAACAGGCGUGGAUAAUGGAUAAUGUAUGGUAUGCUGUACGCGACACAAGCGAUGAGUAUGGACACUGUAUGUUGAAAGUACUGUAAAGACUGCCGUGUUCUCAAACAAACCUUUACAUUUGUAUUGUAACUUUCGUGAGACAUAAGUACUAAAUAAAUUAUUAUGUUAUCGGCUUACUCACGUAGUAAUU